AUGGCCAAGAAGAAGGGUGUGCGCAUUAUCGUGACUAUGGAGUGCACCGAGGCCCGCGGCGAGGGCCUCACGCCGUCGCGCUACACCACGCAGAAGAACCGCCGCAACCACCCGGAGCGCCUGGAGCUCAAGAAGUACAACCCCAACCUGCGCCGCUACACCCUGCACCGCGAGAUCAAGUGA